CAAAUACUUGCUCUGUACUGCGAGUUCCUGUCUUCCGAUAAUAAUCAUUUGCAACCCCCUGAUCAAGACAUCUCACACCACAAUCAAAAGGACAACGACGAUAGCUACGACAGAAAACUAACAUUCCGGUCAGACAAUAUGAAGACACAAGCUUUCAUCUUGCUUAGUAUCAUUGUGCUCCCCAAAACGUCGCUUGCAUGCCAAGUGAUUUUGAACGGGGAAGAUAAAACCAGUGACUUUUUCGUGAUCGAMAGUGCUGAUGACGACGCUUAUGUUGAUUGUGGUGACCAUUCUAAGUGUCGGGGUGCCGUGAUUUCGGAUUGUCCCGUAAUUAAGUGUUUAGGCAGCGAAUCUUGUACUGACGCUGAAAUUUCGAACUUCACAGACUCUGUUGUUUGUGAGGGAGUUCACGCAUGCCACAGAACCGAGAUGACUGCCGCUGCUUCGGGAGCAACAAUUCAUCAUGAGCAGACCGUCACGUGUAUAGGAUCCGGAGCGUGUGACGURGCACACAUUGUGGGAAAUAGUGUGGACCGAGUGUCAUGCAAUGGUUCGAAAGCCUGCCGAAAAGUUCGUAUAGAGGGACCAAAACUUGUAAAGUGUCAGAAUGGGCGUGAUGGCGCUCUCGCUUGUGACGGUUUUGCCACGUUAGAAACCAAAUGUGUCUACUGCGGUGCGAAAGGCUGCUCCGACCACAUUAACACGUGCAGAUACAAAAUUAUUGAUGAUAUUGAGAGCGACAGCAACACCAGCUAUAAAAAGUGCGUACCAGAACAGGUAGUAGGAAAUUGCUCCGAUGAAUUGAAGACGGAACUUCAACUUGAAUUGACCGGGAAAGAAGAAAUCGACACGGAUCGAGUCGGAGGUGGGUCUAGGAAAAGUAGAAGGCUCGGGGCGAGCCAUGGCAACCGUGUCUACUAGUUGUUCAUGUUUUCUGGAAAAAAAUUUCAUCGGUUUCACCAACUCGCAGCGAUUGCUGUGCGCGAAACAUCGGAUGCAAAAACUUGGGACUAGUAGAUUAAGAACGAACAAUUUUUUUUCAUCUAUGGCAAAUGCCGGUGAUUGCUCCUGUUACGCUUCUGCCAGAGCCCGAGCUUGAGGUCCAUUACACUUGAUAACAUCACGUAAUAUAGAUUAUGCUACUAUCAUAAAGUUGGAAAUGAAGUAUACGAAUUUAG